AUGCCACGACAACUCGUCCUCUUCGGACGACCGCUCCCCCGGCUAGGUUCUCGCCAGCUCUCCCUCCUCCUCGUCUCCGUCUCCCUCUUCGCAAUCUUCAGCCUCCUCUUCACCCUACCCAGCGCCAUCCCCACCGGUCCCAGCCUGCAAAUCGCCGACCACAAGCUCUCGAUCCCGUCGAUCCCCGACUCCAUCAAAAACCCCUGGAACAAAGUAAACCCCUUCAAGCAACCGGCCCACGCGCCUCCGCGCCAGAAAAACGACACCUACGGGCAAUCCUCCUGGUACGCCAACUGGAAAUGGCUUUCCUACCCCUUCAGCAGCUCGGUAACCCUCGACGAAUCGCGCUCCCUGCUUCCCGAACUAAGCCCGCGCCCGCCCAUCUACGUCUACUACGAUAACACCAUCGAGCGCGAAAAGGCCACCAAGGAAGUCGAAAGCGACAUCUUGCUGUCAUGGCGCCGCGCCUGGUGGGCCAUGGGCUUCAAGCCUAUCAUCUUGAGUCCGGCCGAGGCCAUGAAUAAUCCGCUUUACGAAGAACUUCAGCACAGAAGUGAGGGGAUGGAUGCAUCCCUAAAAACGGAUCUCAUGCGCUGGCUGGCGUGGGAGAACAUGGGCGGCGGGUUGUUGGCGCAUUACUUUUUGUUUCCCAUGGGCGCGUACGAUGAUCCGCUUUUGGUGUAUCUGCGUCGCGGCGAGUUCCCGGGUUUGACGAGGUGGAAGGAUCUAGGCGAUGGGCUUUUUGUUGGCCCUAAAGUGGACGUGGCCAAGGCUAUUAAACUUGCGCUUGGGAGUCCUAACCUUGAGAAGGCGAAGAGUUUCCUUGAGGCUGUUCCCGCCACCUCUUCUACCUCUUCUGGUAAGGACUCCAAGGACUCUAAAGACAAGGACGAAAGCGACGGACCGUUCGCGAUAGACGACACCGACCCUACAAGUCUAGCUUUCUACUCCGCCACCCGCCUCAAGCCUCUCUACCCCAAAGUCGCCGAAACAAUUGGAGGCGACCGCGUCGUCGGCCUCAAGGCUCUCAACGACCUGAUCAACGCCCAUCUCCACCAAACCUGGCAAAACCUUUUCUCCGAAGGCGGCAUAGCAGUAGUGAAACCCCUCCCGCAACACACAACGCACAUGAUCGCCACUUCUUACAGCAUCGCCCUCCGCCUAGCUUCCUGCCCGUCCAACAACCCGCUUCCGCAAUCUUGCCCGCCCAACAGACCGAAAUGUACACCUUGCUCCACGACCGGCGCGCAUACGAUGAAGAUUUCCACGCCGGCGUACUACAAGAAUUCUUCGGACGUGUACACCAUCGGCACUGUCCCGCAUCCCUACACCAUCCAAUCGCUAUCUGCAAUGCGCGAGCAGAUUACCGUCCCGUGGAUCAGGCGGGACUCAGUUCGCGACGCCUGGGUCAGCGAUUUAAUGACGGAUCUUUUCAAAGGAAAAGCUGUCCCCGCCGGUGCUAGGGUUCUGAGAUUCAAAGAGGCUGUAGCAGGGGAAUACGGCUCUGCGCGCUCUCUGUGGCUUACCGCCGAGGGUGAAACUCCCGAAGGAACUCUCGAUUGGCACUUUGGUUUCGACCUGCCCGCCCUGCCCGCAUCGGCCUCUACAACAACCCCCCUCAAGGAAAACGAGCACGAUGAUGCGACGGAGAAGAUUGAGAGCGAAAUUCACAAACCCAAGGACACGACCAUCCUCCCUCCCCUUCACGACGAAAAAGAGGGUCCCGUUCCCAGCGAACAGGAUCUUAAGCUUGAACCGAACCUGCUUUCCUUGGCCAAGGACAUAGUUGGUAGCGCGAAUGAGGAGUCACAAAAGAAGAAGACGAGUCACGUCACAAAGGAAGAAAUCAAGAUCCGCGAAGCGGUAGAAGCGUGGAACUUGGCCGAUUGGGAAGCGUGGAGGUUUGCGAGGGCUUUCCUGGCGAGAAAGGAGAUGGAGAGGGAGAAGUGGGCAGAGGAGGAGGAGAAGUAUGCUGGGGGAAUGGGGAGUGAGAAACGGAGAAAGGGGGGUGGGUGGUUUGAUUCGGACUGA